AAAAAUACAAAAAAUCACUGUGUUGUUAUGGCAGCUAGUAAAUUUUUCAGCUCCAUUGAAUUACUUUUCAUAAAAUUUUUUGUUGGUACAAUAAUACUUUGUGUCGCCUAUAAGCCUCAAACAUUAGGAGAGUCUGUAAAUUCAUUUAAGGGAAUCGAAAUGUCUACAAAACAAAUAUUCAGCACAAAUUUUGAAGUCUUUGGAAAAGUACAAGGAGUAUUUUUCAGAAAGCAUACGGAAAAGCAAGCAAAAUUGUUUGGACUACGUGGUUGGUGCAUGAACACUUCUCAGGGUACCGUGCGUGGUCAAAUGGAAGGAGAACUCGAUAAAGUCAAUGAAAUGAAAAGUUGGUUGGAAACCAAAGGCAGUCCCAAAUCGCGUAUAGACAAAGCUGUCUUUUCGGAAACGAAAGAAAUCCCAGAUUACACAUUCAAAGCAUUUACAAUUAAACGUUAAGGACUAUAAAUAUUCCAAUCUUCAAAAUUCAGAGGAAAGUUUUAAAAUCAUCAUGUUCUUGAUAUAAACUAUUGUUAUUGUGGAUGCAACUCUGAAAUGUAGAUAAGGCAGUGUUUUAUAGUAGAAAAGCGUGACUAUUGCAUAUUUCCACUUGAUCAAUGAAUAUAAGUUUAUACCAUAAGACAUUGGAUUUGAAAAAAAGUAAUUUCUGGUUGACGAGUUUUUCUAGAAGUUUAUUCGAAUUAAUAUGGUUGCAAUGAGAGGAUAUAGAAAUAAUUAAAUACAAAUUUCGUCGCUGAAAUAAUGUA